GAGGUCAAUAUAUAGGACGAAGACAAGACCAACCGGCCAAAAAAUUAUCAUAAAAAAUGAGCUUGCCAACUAAGAUAACUGAUUUAAUUGUGAAAGACAUUCGAUUUCCAACUUCAUUAGAGAAAGAUGGCUCUGAUGCAAUGCAUACAGCACCAGAUUAUUCAUGUGCAUAUGUCAUUUUGAAAACAGACUCAAAGUUACAAGGAAAUGGAAAUACAUUUCUUAAUGGUAGAGGAACACAAAUAGUGUGUUGUGCAAUUGAAGCCUUUAGGAAGCUUGUGGUUGGACAGAAAUUAGCUGAUAUUUUCGGAAAUUUCGGAAAAUACUGGCAGUCCUUAUGCAGUGAAGACCAAAUUAGAUGGUUAGGACCUGAAAAGGGUGUAACACAUCUAGCUACAGCAGCCAUUAUAAAUGCAUUAUGGGACUUAUGGGCUAAAAUGGAAGAAAAGCCACUGUGGAAACUAAUAGUUGAUAUGGAACCAGAGGAACUUGUUUCUGUAAUUGAUUUCAGAUACAUGGAUGAUGCAUUAACAAAAGCAGAAGCCUUAGAACUUCUUAGAUCAAGACAAGCUGGUAAAGCUGACAGAGAGGCUGAGCUAAAAAGUAAAGGGUUUCCAGCGUACACAACAUCAUGUGGUUGGUUGUUUUACCCAGAUGAUAAAAUCAGGAAGUUGGCAGGUGAAGCAAUCAGUAAAGGGAUGGAAAGAUUUAAAAUGAAAGUUGGGGCAGAUGUUGACGAUGAUAUUAGAAGGGCAAAAAUCUUCAGAGAAACAAUUGGUUAUGAUAGAUUAUGGAUGGUGGAUGCCAAUCAGAAAUGGGAGGUCCAGGAAUCUAUUGAUUGGAUGAAAAAGUUAGCCCCAUAUAAACCAUUGUGGAUUGAGGAACCCACCAAUCCUGAUGAUAUUAUGGGCCAUGCUGCUAUUGCUGAGGGUUUGAAAUCUGUUGGUAUUGCCGUAGCAACGGGAGAACAUUGUCACAACAGAGUAAUGUUUAAACAAUUUCUGAAGGCCAAGGCCAUGCAGUAUUGUCAGAUUGAUGCCUGUAGAUUGGGUGGAGUCAAUGAAUGUUUGGCAGUCAUUCUAAUGGCAGCAAAAUAUAACAUUCCAGUUUGUCCCCAUGCUGGUGGUAUAGGUCUAUGUGAACUUGUACAACAUUUGUCCAUAUUUGACUUCAUAUCAGCUAGUUGUUCUUUAGAAAAUAGAAUGAUAGAAUUUGCUGAUCACUUACAUGAGCAUAUGGAAGCACCUGUCAAAAUCAAAAAUGGAAAUUAUGUAGUUCCUACAGUUCCUGGGUAUUUGGUUGGUAUUAAAGAAGGAACAAUUAAACAGUUUGAAUAUCCAAUGGGAAGUGAAUGGCAGAGAAUGUUUGCUGAUGGUACAUUUGAACCUGAUGUAUAAUUGAAGUUGUUAACACUGUGUUCAUUAUUUGAUAAUUAGAAUUUAAGGAAAAAAUAAGUCCCACCUGACACGAUCUGCAAUAUUUUACAAUUGUUUUAGGGUAUGGCAUAUAUUUGUCUAUUUCACAAUUAAUUUUAGUCAUAGCUGACCAAUCUUCAUAUUAAUGUUCCUUAGCACUAGAAAAAAGACUGGAAAUCUGCUGUUCUUGCCCCACAUGAAAAAUUGCUUAAAAUGUUUAAAAAAGAAAAGCAAUUGUUCUGAUAGUUACAUCAUUUAUUUUUUAUAAGAUUUUAAUUUGAUGUAGUUUCUUCUUUUUUAUACUAUUGAUAAAAUAAUUGUAUUGAUUUUGUUAUCAGAUAUGUCAUAUUCAAUUUAUUGUUCCUGUUAUUAAAGGGUGAAAACAGAUUAACCAGUAAGUUCAAAAUGUAAUGCUUAUUUCAAAAAUGCUCAUGUGUGCGGGGUUUUUUUUAAGUUCUUCAUGAACAUUCCUGAUUACUUUGAACUAAAUGUGUGGUAAUUUCUAUAUAUUUUAUGAAAUAUUAUAAAGGGACCAGCAUCACAUUUCUAUGUACAACAUAGUUUGAAUAUGGUAGAUGUUUGAACAUUACUGUAUAUCAAUUAACAGAUUUGCACUUUAUAUUGCCAUCAACUAGAUAUAUGUCUUAAAAUCAAUUCAUUCAGUUUGAAAACAUUUACCAAAUUACUUUAUGAAAGCCAUACUCAAGUUGUGAACGUAUUGGAUUUGUAUAUGAUUUCACUUUAAUUAUAUACUCAAACUGACUUCUAAUGAACUUGUUUAAAAAAACAUUUUU